UCCUUAGUACCUCCCUUACAGCGCGCUGAGAGCCGCAGGCUUCCAGACAAGACUUUGGGAAGCUCCCGCCACGGAUUUCUCUCUUUUUUUCAUCCUCAAAGCGACCGAGACAUAGAACGUCAAUCCUCCUAACACAUCUCUCCUCCUACUGUUAUCUUUUUUCUAUAUUGUUUAAUUUAAUACAACGUUGAAGAUGGGAAGCUUUUUGUUCAAGUGGGAACAUCCUGCGUCCGAAGUUUACGUGACAGGCACGUUCGAUGAUUGGAAGAAGACAGAAAAGCUAGAAAAAAUCGACGAUCGCUUCGAGAAAACGGUGACACUUCAAGAUGCUUCUAAAAAGAUCUAUUAUAAGUUUGUUGUUGACGGCAAUUGGGUUACGGACCACACUGUGCCGAAGGAAGUGGACGAAAGUGGGAACGAGAAUAACGUCCUGACCCCGGAACGUAUUAUUGUGGAAGCUCCCGCGACUACCGCCAUCAUGAGCUCCGUCGCCCCAGAUUCUACCACCGCUGCAUUGGCCGCUGAUGUGCCACUGGAGAAGAAGGCUGAGGCUGAGGAGUUGCCUGGAACUUUCCCCGAAACACCUGCCGCCUCCGCCCCCGCCGAGACCGAAAAGGGUGGUGAUUUUUCCGUGAACCCCCUGCCGGCUACCGCAGGCGCUGUCAAUCCGAUUAAGCUGGCCCCGGGUGAGAAGAUCCCUGAAAAUCUCGCAGCUGCCGCCCCUACAGACAAUGUCAAGCUGGACCCUGAGUCCUAUGAGAAGAGCGACACACUUCCAGGUGGUGUUCCUGUUAUAUUGUCCUCUGCUGCGCCGGAAUCUACGACUGCUGCUCUAGCGGCUAGCGCACCCAUCGAGACCAAGGUUCCCGAGGUGGUAAAAGAAAGCCAAGAAAAGGCAAAUGCGGAGCCCGAAGCCAGUGCUGUUCCCGAGGAGGUGAAGGAUAAAGCUGCCGUUGAGGACGAGCUUCUUGAAAAGGUGAAGGAAGCACCCUCCACUUCUGAAGGUACAGCUGGUGAGGGUACUGAGAAGACGGAGAAGGUCGUUAGUCCUGGAGAGGCCGCUGCCUCUGUUGCUGCCGCGGCUACCGCCGUUGGUGGUGCUGCGGUUGCUGGCGCCUUUGCUGCUAAGGAUGCUGCUGUCGAGAAGGCUACUGGUGCCGCUUCAACUGUACAAGCGUCCGUCGUUGAAGCUGCCGCCACCCUGCCCGAACCGAUCAAGGAGCAACUUCCCGAGUCAGUACAGAAUGCGAUCGCUACCACGACAAAGGAAGAAACUCGCGAGGAAGUCUCGCCCGAGGUACCCGCUGAGGUUAAGGAAUCUAUUGUCGAAGCAGGAAAGGCCCCUGAGGCCGCAGCAAACACGGAAGCUGUCGAGGACAAGAAGGCUGUUGAAACCGAGCUCCUAAAGGAGGUCAAGCCCGUGGAAGCCGUCGAGGAGCCGUUGAAGAGCGAGCCGACAGAGUCGAAGGACGCUGCUGGCGAAUCUUCGGAGAUUCAGAUUCCCGCAGCUGCGGAAUCGACGGCCACUAAUGGGGCCAACGGAGUCAACGGAGCUAACGGCACUCAAGAAACAGUCAAGCCUGUCGAAGUUAAGCCAACCGAGACUACCGAAGCCACCGAGACCGCCGCGCCAGCUACGCCAGCUGCCCCUGCGGAUGCUACCACCUCGAGUAGCGCCAAGGCGACCGACGGUUCCGCAUCGGUCGAGAAAAAGAAGAAGAACCGAUUCAGUGCCCUGUUCGGCAAGGUGAAAAGCAAGCUUUCUAACAAAUAAGUGUAAAUUGCUUGGCCUCUGCUUUGGGUACUUAUUCGGUACUGUUUUCACAUUCUUCUUUUCUUUUCUGGAGCUCAUGAUUCCCCAUCUUGCGUCGACUCACCGCGAUAGGUGCUGGCAGGGUAUUAUUCGCUGUCAGGCAUAUUGUUGUACAUAUAAUUCCGUUAAGUCGGCAUCUCUCAACCGCCAGCCAACGAAUACCAUCUUGCCGUCGAUUUGCGAGAAAAGGCCCCACGCUGCUUUGGACGGUAAAUGCUAGGUGGUUGAUGUUGUUUUACGGUUGUACGGUUUCACUGUUUUCUUUUUACUUGUGAUUCAUGCUACGUCCUCACGAACAAUGUUUGAGCUUGGAAGGUUGCGUUUACCUCACCUCACCUUACCUUUAUGAUUGAUGCCUCUUACUAUUCGACACUUCGGGCUACUGUCUAUGUCGUUUGAGAAGGGCGAAAGCUAGGAUUACGAAAUGCAAUAGGGAAUGUUUGUUCGUGGUGGACUGGCGGCAAUGCCUAGCUAGGGUAUAGGCACAGGACAUCCAUUGGAAACCCAGCAUAUCGUCCGAGGCAGAGAGACCCACGGCGUAGUAAUGUGAAAAUUGCGGAAAAGCAACUUACAGUAAUAGAUGAAUAUUCCUGGAG